AUGGAGUGGACAACGGUGCAGCAUCUGGAUCUCCGGCACGCGGGUCGGAGCUCCAAGCCUUUGCAGCCCCACGCCGCUGCAUUCCACCCCACGCAGGCUCUUGUCUCCGCCGCAAUCGGCACUUACAUAAUUGAGUUCGAUGCGUAUACGGGGAGUAAGAUUGCCUCUGUGGACAUAGGCUCGCCUGUUGUCCGCAUGGCGUACAGUCCCACAGCUGGUCACUCAUUGAUCGCUAUACUUGAGGAUUGCACUAUCCGGUCUUGCGACUUUGAUAGUGAACAAACUUGUGUGUUACACUCACCAGAAAAGAGAUCAGAACAGAUAUCUAUUGACACCGAAGUCCAUCUUGCCUUGACUCCUCUUCAGCCUGUUGUAUUUUUUGGUUUUCAUAAAAAGAUGAGCGUAACAGUUGUUGGAACUGUGGUAGGAGGGAAAGCUCCUACUAAAAUAAAGACAGACCUGAAGAAACCUAUAGUUAAUCUCGCUUGCCAUCCUCGCCUUCCUGCCUUGUAUGUGGCUUAUCAAGAUGGUCUGAUAAGAGCUUACAAUAUCCAUACAUAUGCUGUUCACUACACCCUACAACUUGACAAUACAAUUAAGCUACUGGGUGCUGGUGCAUUUGCAUUCCAUCCAACAUUGGAGUGGAUUUUUGUGGGUGAUAGAAGAGGUACAGUUUUGGCAUGGGAUGUAUCUACCGAAAGACCUUUGAUGAUUGGAAUCACGCAAGUUGGUUCUCAACCAAUCACAUCAGUUUCUUGGCUGCCGAUGUUGCGGUUGCUAGUCACUUUGUCCAGAGAUGGAAGCAUCCAAGUCUGGAAAACUCGAACAAAUGUGAAUCCGAACAGACCUCCGAUGCAAGCAAAUUUUUUUGAGCCUGCUGCUAUUGAAUCUAUAGACAUCCCUCGCAUUCUAUCUCAGCAAGGUGGAGAAGCUGUAUAUCCUCUCCCACGAAUAAGAGGUUUAGAAGUGCACCCAAAAUUGAAUCUAGCAACACUACUUUUUGCAAACAUGACUGGUGGAGACAACCGCAAGAACAGAGCUGCAUACACUAGAGAGGGGCGUAAACAACUCUUUGCUGUUUUGCAAAGUGCGAGAGGAUCAUCAGCUUCUGUAUUGAAGGAGAAGCUUGCUGCACUAGGUUCAUCUGGUAUAUUAGCUGAUCACCAGCUGCAAGCCCAACUGCAAGAGCACCAUGCGAAAGGAGAAAGUCAGCUUACAAUCUCAGACAUUGCAAGGAAGGCAUUUCUUUACAGUCAUUUCAUGGAAGGCCAUGCAAAGAGUGCUCCAAUAUCUCGUUUACCUCUUAUUACUAUUAUGGAGACAAAACAUCAAUUACGAGACUUCCCUAUUUGCCAGCCAAUUCAUCUAGAGCUAAAUUUUUUCAGCAAGGAGAACCGAGUUCUUCAUUAUCCUGUCAGAGCUUUUUAUAUUGAGGGGCCAAACCUGAUGGCUUAUAAUCUCACUUCUGGAAGUGAAAAUAUCUACAAAAAGCUUUACGCUACGAUUCCUGGUAAUGUCGAUGUUCAACCAAAAUACAUUUCCUACAGCAAAAAGCAGCACAUAUUUCUUGUAGCCUAUGAGAUCAGUGUUGGUGGAAACGAGGUGGUAAUGUACUGGGAAAAUACAGAUCCUCAGUUUGCGAAUAGCAAAGUUACCACAGUCAAAGGUUCGGAUGCAGCUUUUGUUGGUCCGACUGAAAAUCAAUUUGUUGUCCUUGAUGACGAUAAGACUGCACUUUCCUUAUAUUUGUUGCCUGGCGCUGCCACACAAGCACUUGAGAAAAAUGGGUCUUUCAAUGAAAACCAGUCUGUGGAAACUGAAGUUGCGUCUAUUAAGGGUCCUGUGCAAUUUAUGUUUGAAAGCGAAGUGGAUCGUAUCUUUUCUACUCCACUAGAGUCAACUGUAAUGUUUGCUUCUCAUGGAGAUCAGAUUGGUUUUGGGAAACUGAUCACCGGGUACCGUCUUCCUAGUGCUGAUGGGCAUUAUAUCCCUACGAAAGCUGAAGGGCGGAAGUUCAUUAGAUUGAAAGUAAAUGAGACUGUACUUCAGGUACAAUGGCAAGAAACACUCAGGGGCUUUGUAGCUGGUAUACUGACCACACUACGAGUGCUCAUUGUUACCGCUGAUUUAGACGUGUUGGCUUGUAGUUCUGCCAACAUAUGUGUGCCCUUAACCCUUCCUUACUAUAGAUCCCUGCUGUGGCUUGGGCCAGCACUUCUUUUUUCCACUUCUACUUCUGUAAAUGUGCUUGGUUGGGAUGGAAAAGUUAGGACCAUACUCUCUACCUGUAUGCCUAAUGCAGUGUUGCUUGGAGCUUUAAAUGAUCGUCUGCUACUUGUAAACACAACUGAGAUAAAUGUCAGACAGAAGAAGAAGUUUGAGAUUAAGAAUUGUCUUGUUGGGCUGCUUGAACCCCUUCUCAUUGGAUUUGCAACAAUGCAGCAACAUUUUGAGCAGAAGCUCGAUCUGUCAGAAGUCCUAUACCAAAUAACAUCAAGGUUUGAUAGUCUGCGUAUUACUCCAAGAUCACUCGAUAUUCUAGCCAGAGGUCCUCCAGUUUGCGGUGAUCUUGCCGUAUCGUUAUCACAGUCAGGCCUGCAAUUCACUCAGGUGCAUUUAUCUACCAUUUUUGUUAAUCAGAAUCAGAAAAUCACAUUCUUUGUUAACCCUGUACUUUUCCGGGCUCAGGUCUUGAGAGGAAUAUACGCAAUCAAAGCACUCCGUUUUUCCACUGCUUUAUCUGCACUGAAAGAUGAGUUUUUGCGGUCUAGAGAUUACCCUCGUUGCCCCCCCACUUCACAUUUGUUCCACCGGUUCCGCCAGUUAGGAUAUGCAUGCAUCAGGUACGGUCAGUUCGACAGUGCAAAAGAGACCUUCGAAGUCAUAGCAGACUAUCAAAGCAUGCUCGACCUCUUCAUCUGCCACCUCAACCCCAGCGCGAUGCGUUAUCUCGCCCAGAAGCUAGAAGAGGAGGGCUCUGACCCUGAACUGCGUAGACACUGUGAGCGUAUCCUCCGCGUCCGCUCGACCGGGUGGACCCAAGGCAUCUUUGCCAACUUUGCCGCAGAGAGCAUGGUCCCCAAGGGCCGCGAGUGGGGUGGCGGAAACUGGGAGAUCAAAACCCCUAUGAAUCUUAAGGACAUACCCCAGUGGGCUCUGGCUGCUGAGGUUAUGCCUUACAUGAGAACCGACGACGGCACUAUCCCAUCCAUUGUGACUGACCACAUCGGAGUGUACCUUGGCCUCAUGAAAGGUCGGGGAAACGUGGUCGAAGUCAGAGAGGACAGCCUGGUGCGAGCCCUGAAAUCCGACACUGGCACUGGCACCGGCACCAUUAAGGACAACGGGGCCCACAUGCCUUCUGUGUCCUCCGAUCCCAAAAUCGGAUCCCUCAUGGGAUUGGAGACACUCUCCCAGCAGUCUACGGCUUCCAGUGCUACUACUGAUGCACAGGCAAAGGCUGAGGAGGAAUUCAAGAAAUCCCUCUACGGCUCGGCCGGCGGCAGUAGCAGUGAUGAGGAGGAAGGGGGAGGAGCUGCCUCCAAGGCCAAGAAGCUGCACAUACGUAUUCGGGACAAGCCGGCCUCGUCGGCCACCGUGGACGUCAACAAAAUUAAGGAGGCCACGAAGCAGCUGGGUGUUCCCAUGGGUCGGACCAAAUCACUGACCGGAUCGUCCCCGGAUCUUGGCCUGCUUAUGCCACCACAGUCUGCUCCACCCGUUUCCAGUCAGGCGACCUCUGUCCCGGCCGAUCUCUUUGGGACUAGUUCGCUGGUAAUGCCGCCGGCAUUGCCGCCGCCGCCUGCUUCCGGGAGACCCGGUGUUGGGGUUGCCGUGGGGCCUAUACCAGAAGACUUUUUCCAGAACACUAUCUCAUCAGUUCAUGUUGCAGCAUCGCUGCCGCCAGCGGGGACGAUCCUGUCGAGGUUGGAUCCUAAUGCUCAGAACAAUAUGGUGCCGAAUGCUCAGGCCAGUGCGGCUGUGGCUGUGGAGGCCGAGGUUGGUCUGCCUGAUGGUGGGGUGCCUCCCCCCUCUCAAGUGAUGAGUCAGCAACAGCAGCAGUCUGUUCCAUACGGGGCAUCCAUUGGGCUUCCGGACGGUGGUGUUCCGCCACAAUCAUUGCCUGAAGCUGCUGCCCCGUCUCAGCCGCAGCAGAUCCAGAUGGUGGCAGGGGCUACUGUUGCUAGUCAGCCACUCGAUCUUAGCUCUCUUGAAGGUCCGGGGUCGGAAACAUCUGGAAUAUAUCCUGCCCGUUCGGCUUCUCCUCCGAAAGCUGUGCGUCCUGGGCAGGUACCCCGUGGUGCCGCCGCAGCAGUUUGCUUUAAGACUGGACUCACUCACUUGGAACAGAAUCAACUCUCAGAUGCGUUAUCGUGUUUUGAUGAGGCUUUCCUAGCGCUGGCCAAGGAUCAAUCACGUGGAGCUGACAUCAAAGCUCAAGCUACUAUUUGUGCCCAGUACAAGAUUGCCGUUACCCUCCUUCAGGAAAUAAACCGACUGCAAAAAGUCCAAGGCCCAAGUGCAAUCAGCGCAAAAGACGAGAUGGCUCGAUUAUCGCGCCACCUGGGCUCAUUGCCUCUCCUUGCUAAGCACCGGAUAAAUUGCAUUCGUACUGCCAUCAAGCGAAACAUGGACGUUCAGAAUUUCGCCUACGCCAAACAGAUGCUUGAGUUACUGCUGUCCAAAGCACCAGCAGGCAAGCAAGACGAGUUGAGAAGCCUGAUUGACAUGUGUGUCCAGAGGGGUUUGACCAACAAAUCCAUCGACCCACUCGAAGAUCCUUCCCAAUUCUGUGCUGCUACACUUAGCCGUCUAUCGACCAUCGGUUAUGACGUUUGUGACCUUUGUGGGGCCAAAUUUUCUGCUCUAUCUGCUCCUGGUUGUAUUAUUUGUGGCAUGGGGAGCAUUAAAAGAUCCGAUGCCAUUGCUGGCCCCGUUCCUUCACCUUUUGGCUGA